AUGAAAUUAGGAAUACAAUAUACUGUCGUUGUGUUGAUCCUCUUACCUCUGCUGCAAAUUGUGUCAGGCAGAGGAACAUGGAACGCCAGCGGUUCAUAUGAAUACUACGUUUCCAAAAACGGAGUUUCUCUAUCUUACAUCGAUUCGAUGAAUUUUUGCAAUGAUAAUGGUGGACAACUUGCUCUUGUUAAAACUAAAGAGAUCCAAGAAUUUAUACAAACAUUAGUGGACGGGAGAGGCGAACCGCCCUACGCUUUCUUCAUUGGACUCACAGAUCCUCAUAAAAACCACACAUAUCUUUGGAGCGAUGGGGAAAAUGUCACGUAUACGAAUUGGAGAGACGGCCAACCGAAUUCUCGCUCUGAAACUUGUGUUAUGAUAGGAUGGGUUGACUGGUACGACAAAGACCUUCGUUGGCGUGAUACAGAUUGUGUUCCAACUGAUGUUUUACCAAAAGGAUAUUUAUGCCAACGACGAAUAGGUAAUUACUUUAGUCAGUGGAGCUCAUGGAGCGAAUGUUCUAGAACUCGGAAUCGAACAUGUAUCAAGACAGGUCGAGUUGGACCGAAAAAUUGCACUGAUUCAGAAAUUAAGCAUGAUUUAUGUUCCCUGACGAAAGAGUGUCCUAUUACAACAGCAACCGAAACUAUCAAAUCCCACGCCCGCACGACCACAACGAUGAUUAGUUCCGUUCCAUCAGCUUCAGAUAUAUCAGAGGCCAAUUCAACCGCUUGUUCAUGCGGAAGUCAAACCCAAGCUACAAGUAACGAGUUCUUUCUUUUUGACCCAGUAAGUUUUGUCCUAGGAUUCAUUGCUCCUAUGAUCCUACUUGUUGUCGCUGUUUGGAAAAUGUUGAUGGACAGAAACAAGCUAUUGCCAGAGGAACAGUCCAAGAUGCCAGUUUCAAUACGGAUGCAUAGAUAUGAAUAUAUUACCGAAGGACAAAACGGAGCAAACAAAACCAAUCCUGAUAAAUUUGAAAUCAAAAUAGAAGACGUGUGCUACGACGAAACUCUUCAAAACGGCGUUUUAAAAGAAAGUUCUGGCUACGACAGACCAGAUGUAAUAACAGAACGAUCUAAAGCUGAAGAGGCUUAUGUCGGCACUACAAGCCCUCUAUCUGACGUUCUGAAAGAAAGUGAUGGAUAUGAUAAACCUAUUGUACCAAUCCAUAACGGCACUGAGUAUCUACGUUCUGAUAUUCUUGAAGCGAAAUACGGAUACGAAACUUUAUCCGAAUAUGCGGAUAACGCUCAAUUAAAGUUGUCAGAUGAAGACUACGACGAUCCUGAAUAUGCUGUUAUGGAGAAUCCGUAUCUGAAGCCCAUAGUCACAACUUAUGAUGACAGGGGGUGCCUUGUUCUGAAAAAUGAUGGAUCACAAAAUUCAACAUCAGACAGAUCUAACAAAGAUGAAGCGUAUGACGACACUGGUUGUUUCCCGUCGAAUAUCUUGACGGAAGAUGUCGCUAAAGCGCAACUUAAGAUUGAGUCAGAUUAUGAUGACACUUGGAAUCCGUGCCAAAUUGUUUCAAAUGAUAAUGACGAAUGCGAAAAAAACGACAGGUCUAAGAUAGAUAAAAUGUAUGAUGAUACGGGUUGUCUCAGAACCAAAAUUUUGGAGACAAAAACAAAAUUUGAAAAUUUAACGGAAGAUGUCGCUAAAGCGCAAAUCAAAACAGAGGCAGAAUAUGACGACACUGGCAAUCCUGGUCAUAUGGUUUCAAAUGAUGAAGGAUAUGGGAACUCGCCGGGGAUGAUCAGCGCAGAUACAAAACCUAUCCGCUCUUGUGUUUUAGAAUAA